AUGGCGUCCACGGGACACAGCGAAGAGAGCGAGGAGCAGAAGAGAGAAGAGGAGAAGAGGAAGAGGGAAGAGGACAGCAUGACAGGAUCCAGCGUCAUGAAGAAAAGGAGAGGAGACGAGGAGAGUGGAUUGGAGGAUGAGGAGAUAACAUCUGACUCCAGCCAAGACUCUGGCUCAUCCAGCCCUUUUGCCAGGCUUACCAUCAGCCGCUUCACCAUCCACAAGGUCCUGGGCACAGGCAGCUUUGGCAAAGUGGUUCUGGCAUCAGUCCCUGGCCGAAACAUCUACACGGCCAUCAAGAUGAUCAACAAAAAAUGGGACAAUGCAGAUACCAUCUUGAGAGAGCGGCGGAUACUCCUGGCGGCCAGAGACUGCCCCUUCCUUUGCCACCUGUAUGCUGCACACCAGUCUCAGGAGCGGGCAUAUUUCACCAUGGAGUAUCUGUCCGGCGGCAGCCUAGAGGCCUUAAUCAAUGUGUGCGGCCACCUGAACAUCGACAACAUAAGGUUCUACACAGCAGAGAUGGUAUGUGGCCUCCAGUUCCUCCAUGGACACAACAUCGUCCACCGAGAUCUAAAGCCCCAGAACAUCAUGUUGGAUGCAGAUGGCCACAUCCGUAUCAUCGACCUUGGGCUGGCCCAGGAUGGUGUCACUGCCUCCAAUAAGAUCCGUGGAGUGACAGGAACCUUCCAUUACAUGGCCCCUGAGAUACUUCUUAGAAAAAGAUACGGCACAGCAGUUGACUGGUGGAGCCUGGGGAUUGUGGUGUCCAGGAUGGCAUCAGGACACCACCCAUUUUACCACGGCCCCUUCCCGAAAAUGGCUAGCAUAGCCAUUACCACCAAAGAGCCAGAUAUUCCAACUUGGCUUGAUGAUGGCGUGCAACAUCUCAUCAGAAAACUGCUGUGCAAGAAUCCUAAGAAGCGUCUGGGUGUGCGCGGAAAUAUCAGACAGCAUCCAUUGUUUUCCACCGUGGGCUGGGAGGAACUGGAGGAGAGGAGGGCACGGCCACCAUUUACACCAUUUCAGCCAGUUCUGGAGAAACAACAUCUGCAUUGGCCAAAGGAUAAGAAAGCCCUUCGCCCCGUGGCCGAAUUUAGCUAUAUGUCACCAAGCUGGGCCCGGUGGAUGAGAAGAUCUGGGCUGUGA